AUGGCACAAACAAAAGCGGUAGCAAAAUUUUGGAUCACUACCAGCGACCUGCUAGAACACGUGCUGAUGCACGAAAAGCGCUUGCAAACGGUCGAACCUACAAAGGAUGUGCGUGUAGUGCACCGGCUAGUGUCCGAUCUGUACUGUCGUUAUGUACAGCUGUGCCGCAAUUUGGAACGGUGCUUCGAUCAAACGCUACAAGUCCAAAAGCGUGAAGUAAUUCAACGCCUACUAGAGGCGGCACAUGCCCGAAUGUUGGAGUUUCGGACGAAGCUUCAGGAAAUUGAGCUGAGCGAGUUUGUGUACGUGGAUGGAGCAUUGCAGGAACAGCAUCUAAUCCCAGACGAUGUGCUAGCCGUUAGACCUUGCUAUUUCCCGGCUAGACGACCGGCAGAACUUCAAGCUUUGCUUGAUUCUCGAAAGUUGCUCCAAUUCGGAAACGUUUCGGGGAGUGACUCUGAGGAAUCUUCUUCAGAUGAGAGUGAGCAGCAGGAAGAUAACACGGUUCAACAAACCCCAGGUACCAAGCGUCCAGUGGUGCAACGCGACCGCAAAAAGGAACGGCUAAGGACAGCACUGGAUCUAAUUACUGCACACGAAAAAGCACGUCAGGCACGAGUGAAGCAAACCAAUUUCCGUCUUCAUCCCGACCGUUACUAUCCGAAACCAAUUGAUGAGGAGAUUGUGGAUGUGCCGUACGAGUACUUUUACCGUCCCGGGCAGUUUAUGCUUUAUCCAGUGAAGCGUACCGUUUACAGCUGGGACUUUCGGAUGAAGAAAAAAGAUGUGGUUCAUUUUGGAUACUACGCUCCGCCCGGUUGGGAAGAAAAGGCACCGGCGGUAGUGAACGUUUCGACGGCUGAGAUGGAUCUAAAGACGAAGCAAAAGGAAGCGGAAGAUAAAGCGGCGGCAAUUGCCGAAGCCGAGGCAGAAGCAGCAAGACGUCUGGAGGAAGCAAUAGAGCGGAUGAAGUUGAAUCAUGCUGUAGCAAAAAUACAACGCUACUGGCGUAGGUAUCAGUACCGGAAGGUACAGCAGAAGCUACGUUACGAAAGAUCUCGCUUUUUGGGACUUUUUGAAGACUUUAAGCCGAAUAUUCCGGAUGAGCUCGCUGUGGAGGAGGUUCGGGCAGCUAGACGAGAUCAAAAGCCCGAAUACGAUCGCACCUUUCUUGAUGCGAUAGUAGAUGAAAAAGCACGAAUAUUGCGUACCCGUGGACCUGCUCUGCUGGAAGACAUUACCGACUUCGUACGUGCUUGGUUCCGUCAGUGGUACGAUGAAGCGCACGCAUUUGAUGUCAUUCCGGAACCGUUUGAAGGUGGUACGGUGCUGAUCGUGCGUGGUGAAACUCUCACACCGAUGGAAUAUUUAGAGUUGGAGCGGUUGAAAAAGCUCGAAAAGCUUAAGUCCGCCGAACAGAAGAAAAAGGAAGCGGAAGCGAAGAAAGCGGCAAAGGAACGGGAGCAGGAGAAGAAGCGGGAGGAGAAGGAACGGUUGAAGGAGGCGGCACGGGAGAAACGUGCGCGGGAAAAGCGGGAAGGCAAAACGUACGAUUUUAGUGAGCCGGAGUUUGUCAGCAACGCUUAUCUAACGCUGGAGGAAACGCUUGAACGAUACCGUAAAGACUGGGCGUUUAUAAACGAGCUAGACAACGUCCACGACUUACCCGUCAUGGAAUGGAUCACACUCGAAAAGUUUGCCGAAGUUCAUCAGGAACUUCACUCCGAAGUGUACGAACUGCUCAAAUCCGAACGAGAACUACUACAGAUAGCGCUUUGCAAGGACGAAAAGAUGAAGUACAAACCACCCAGAGCGAAGAAACCUCCCCGUCCAAAAGGAGCUAAGGGCAAGAAGCGCAAGGAACCGAUCGAUCCAACGGCUGAUCUUUCGUUGGAAGACAUGAUCAAUGAUUUGGGGGAGCGAAACGUUAUCAAAGCCUGUUCCAAGCGGACAUUUGAUGACUUUGUUGGUGAUUUUAACUACGCAGCUUUCGAGAGACGUAACUUGUUGGAACAAGAUCCACCACCGGGUAUGGGAGAAGUGAGAACCAUUCUUCGAUCGUAUCUGUUCGGGAUGGGACCUCUGGUUGCACCGAAACCCAAAUCAAUCUGUCUACUAGCACCACCAGGAUACGGGAAGACUUUACUACUCGAAGCGAUCUGUCACGAGACGGGUUCGGUGCUGUUUGACUUGAGUGUAGAAGUGUGUGGACCAAUCGACCCCAACAAUAUGGCGUAUUUUUUGCAGCUUGUACUGCGAACUGCCCGCAUACUGCAACCUUCCGUGAUCGCCAUUGAGGAUGUUCAUCGUGCGUUCUACAAAAAAGUUCCUGCCGCGGAUUCAUCACUCGAUCCAACGAAAUUGGGCAAACAUUUGUUUAAGAUGAUCGUGAAACAACUAAAACCGGAAGAUAAAGUACUGCUCGUAGCGACCACUAAUCAGCCGUGGCUUGCGAAGGUUGGACCGUUAAAGAAAUGUUUCGAAAAGUUUCUUCUUCUACCACGACCGGACUAUGGAUCGACGGUUCUUCUCUGGCAGUGUGCCUUGCGACGAUUUCCAACCGUACCACGUGAUUUUGAACUGUCCGCACUGGCCAAAGUUACGACCGGAUACUCCGCAGGACAGAUAUUACGAUGCGUCAAGGAAGUCCUCAACAUCAGACGCCGGAUGCAGUUCGGACGAAAGCCGCUACAGGUACAGGAACUGUUGGAUCAUUUUUUAAGCGGAACGGAAGGUGAACCGCAGUAUCCGAUCAGUGAUAAGGAGUACGAUAAAUUUACAAAGUGGCACCGUAAGGUAGACAAAAUGGCAAAGCAACGUGCAAAGAUGGUACGCGAACGGGAACUGCUAGCGGAGCAGCUAAAGUCCAAGGCAGCUGGGGCGAAAAAAUAA